AUGGCAUCCCAUAUAUUUAGUGAUGAAAGUCCACCACCUCAAAGGCAAACUCGUGCUCAAGAUAUCCCUCCAAAUAUAAAAAAGCCUCCACCAAUAAUUGAUCAAGCCGAAUAUGAGCAAGUGCGCAAGUCAUAUGAUCCCAAACAAGUUAAUCCUGAUUUUUCACGAUUUAACUCUCUUGUUCCUCCAAAAACACAAAUUCCAAAAAUCGAUGUUCUUCCACCAAGGCUUCCUAUGCAAACAUUACAACAAUUUCCUGAUUUGAAACUUGAAAAUGUUCAUCAAAUUCAAUCUUUUGAUUUAGGUGUAAUACAAUUCCCAGUUGAUAAGAGCUUUACACCAAUAAAGAUGCCUCUUCAUUCAUUAAAUAGUUUAAAGCAAAUAAGAGAAGAUAUAAGUAUCGGAAAUGUUGAAUUUUUAUAUAAAUUAAAAAAUGAGACUGACGCAAUUCCAAGUCAAUCAUCAGAGGCAAACACACCACAACAAACUCCUGAUAGAAAUACAGAUAACAAGCAAUUUCAAAAGAUGGAUACUUAUUCCGAAUUUAUUGAUCUUAAUUCAUCACUUUUCCCACCAUGA